AUGGCGGUUGAUUUGGGACCUUUGGGCCAACAGAGCCUGGCUUCUACAGCCUUGAUAGGCGUGGGCGCCAUCACCAUUGCCUCGAUUGCAUUCACAACUUUGAGGGUGAUCCUAAGCACUUUCGUGCUUCCCGGUAAAUCUCUCUCGAAAUACGGUCCCAAGGGCUCAUGGGCGGUCGUCACGGGAAGCUCUGAUGGCAUCGGUCGAGAAUACGCCCUCCAGCUUGCAAAGAAGGGCUUCAACCUGAUCCUGGUAUCGAGAACCGCCUCCAAGCUCGAGUCCCUCGCCUCCGAAAUCAAAACCCUGGUACCUAGUGCUGUGGUUGAAAUCCUAGCUAUGGACUUCUCACAAAAUCGAGACGCAGACUACGCGGCAUUGGCUUCUUUGGUACAAGGAAAACAAGUGUCAAUUCUGAUCAACAAUGUCGGUCAAAGCCACAGCAUCCCUGUGACAUUCGCCGAGACGUCGUUGUCUGAGAUGUCAAACAUCAUCAACAUCAAUUGCUUGGGAACACUGCGUGUCACGCAGACUAUUCUACCAAGCAUGCUGCCACAGAAGAAAGGCCUCGUCUUGACCAUGGGAUCCUUCGGCGGAUUGGCGCCAACUCCCUUGUUGGCUACAUACUCCGGUUCCAAGGCAUUCCUGCAACAAUGGUCGAACGCAUUGGCUUCCGAGCUGUCAAGCAAAGGUAUCGACGUGUUCCUGGUGCACUCAUAUCUCGUUACAUCGGCCAUGUCCAAGAUCCGCCGAGCGAAUUGGCAAGUGCCUACAGCAAAAGCUUUUGUCAAAUCGGUGCUGGGAAAGAUCGGUCGAAGAGGAGGAAGUAUUGGCUAUGCGCACAGCGGUACCCCCUAUUGGAGUCACGCAAUAGUCGCAGCCCUUAUCACUGGUGUGUUGGGCCCUAUGAGCGGUUUGCUCCUUGAGUUCAACAGGAAAAUGCAUGUUGAUAUUCGGAGACGAGCCCUAAAGAAGGCAGAACGAGAGGCACAAAAAGGCAAAAAGGAGACAGGGGGGAAAUGA